AUGUUACAUCCUGAGUCCUGUUCGCCACGAUCAUCUUCAAAAUAUACAAAUAUACGCAGAAAGACUUUAGAUUUUGAUAAGUCAAAUGAAACAAUCACUCGAGGUUUUCCAUCAUCAACUGGAACUAAUUGUGGAGAAAUUCGACGAGGUGCUGAUACAGAUGCUUUUAAGGUUGAUAAUACAAGUUAUUCAUCAUCAUCAGCCAGCUUGAUUGGUGACAGUACUUUAGCUGGCAAUAUUAGUAAAACCCAAAGUGGAUAUCAUGGUAGUGGUGUUAGUCUUACUGAUUAUCAUCUAUUAGCCAUUCUACUUUAUCUAUGUGCGUAA